AGAGAGCCAGGGGGAGGGAGGACGGACGUAUUUCCGCUCCGUCGGACAAAUACUGGCCAAAGGGGAGAAGACUAGUACUCCUGGCCCCUUUAACUGAGUGGAGAAUACAAAGAAAAAAGUGCGGAGGAAAGGGUAGUAUCUUACCCCUUUAAUUUUAUACAACACCCACGCUCUUUUUCCUUUAGCUACCUCCCGGAGCAGCUGCCGCCGAGGGGAGCAAAGCUGCGCGCGCCGGGUCCACACAGCCCAGCGCGACCCUCCCUAGCUCGCCCACGCGGAGCCGGAGUCGCGCUGCCAACCGCGCGCACGGGCGCGCACGUUCCUGCGCCUGCGCGUCAGUCAGACCUGCCUGUACGUGGUGACUGCCGCCGGCCCCCAAGGGGGGGUGGGAGAAUUAAAGAAAAAAAACUGCGCGUGGAACAGAUCUAGGGAAUUAAUUCUCCCAGCACAUCCAAUACCAUGGCAUCUGGAGUAGAAGUCUUGCGAUUCCAGCUCCCAGGGCACGAGGCUGCCACCCUUCGAAACAUGAACCAACUCCGGGCAGAAGAGCGCUUUUGCGAUGUCACCAUCGUGGCCGACAGCCUCAAGUUCCGUGGCCACAAGGUAAUCUUGGCUGCCUGCUCCCCAUUUCUUCGUGACCAGUUUCUUCUCAAUCCCAGUUCAGAGCUACAGGUCUCGCUAAUGCACAGUGCCAGAAUAGUGGCAGAUCUCCUCCUCUCCUGCUAUACUGGGGCUCUGGAGUUUGCUGUCCGUGACAUUGUCAACUAUCUAACUGCUGCCUCUUAUCUGCAAAUGGAGCAUGUAGUAGAAAAAUGUAGAAAUGCCCUGAGCCAAUUCAUUGAACCCAAGAUUGGCCUAAAAGAGGAUGGAGUAAGUGGAGGGAUUGGAUUGGCUGGGCUCAGCUCUACCAAGUCACUCCUUCCACUUGCUCGAACCCCAAAGCCAGCUCCCAGACCUCCACCGCCACCUCCUCCACCUUCUCUCCUCCGACCAGUGAAGCUAGAGUUCCCCCUAGAUGAGGACCUUGAGCUAAAAGCAGAGGAAGAGGAAGAAGAUGAAGAAGAGGAUGUGUCAGAUAUCUGUAUUGUCAAGGUGGAAUCAGCAUUGGAAAUGUCACAGAGGUUUAAUCCCCCAGGAGGCAUUGGGGGGAGCCUUGGUCUUGGGGGGAACCUUAGCUUUGGAGGGGGUCUUGGUCUUGGAGGGGGUCUUGGUCUUGGAGGGAAUAGUGGACUUCUUAUCAAUGAAGUUGGAGAAACAAUUGAUGCCCCUGAUGAAAGCAUAGCACCUCAGGGGGUGGUGAAGGCUUGCUACAGCCUCACAGAAGACACAGAAGGGGAAGGUCUGUUGCUGUUUCCUGGAGGUCAUGUAGGGGAGGGCAUUACUUUUGGACUGGGAGAUGAAGCCCUAGCAGCUAUGUCCCGGAACAGUGGAGUUAGUGGGAGUUAUGGGGGCAUAAGGAGCCCCAUACCAGGGAUCUCUUCAGUGGGUUUCCCACUGAAGAAUAUCAAGUGUACCAAAUGCCCAGAAGUGUUUCAAGGUGUGGAAAAACUUGUGUUCCACAUGAGAGCCCAGCACUUCAUCUUUAUGUGCCCUCGAUGUGGGAAGCAGUUCAACCAUAGCAGCAACCUCAACCGUCACAUGAAUGUCCACCGAGGUGUCAAAUCCCACUCCUGUGGUAUUUGUGGCAAAUGCUUCACCCAGAAGUCUACCCUACACGACCAUCUCAAUCUUCACUCUGGGGCUAGGCCCUACCGUUGUUCUUACUGUGAUGUGCGAUUUGCCCAUAAACCCGCCAUUCGACGCCACCUUAAGGAGCAGCAUGGAAAGACCACAGCAGAGAAUGUCCUUGAUGCUAGUGUGUCAGAGCUCAAUGCUCUCUCCUUCACUAGCUGAAGUAAGGAUAACUAGGGAAGGGUAUUGGGUGAAGUCAGGAGAUUGCUGAUUAAAAGGGGUAGUGAAAGAGCCUCUCUCCUUAAGGGGUAGAAAUAUGAAGGAGGAAAAGGGCUUUUCUGUUUCCAGGAGAAACUUGGGGUUGAAGGCUGAGACAUUACAAAAAAAAAAAAAAAAAAAAAAAAAACCAAAAAAAAAAAAAAAACUACUUAGGUCUUCCUAAGGGAAUAAGAAGGGGGUAGACAUUGCUAAGGGGAUUAACAAAUCUUUACUUGGGAUGAUGAGGAAAGAAAAGAUUCCUGUAUUCUAUAAUAAAAGAGCCCAGGAAAGAGGGGAGACUCUUUUCUGGAAGAA